AUGAAAGAAGAGGUCGCAAACCCAGAGGAAGUGGCUGCUAUCGAGGCUGUUACUGACGAGGAAUUGGAAAAGCUGUCUCGCGAAGCCAUCACCUUUUGGAGUAAGGCAACAUUUAGAAUCGCCCUUAUUUUGUUCGUUCAAGGAUGUAAUCAAGCUGGUUAUGGUGUCGAUUGGGGUGUCAUUGGAGGCGUCAACUCCAUCAAGCAGUUCCACGACUUCUUCGGCUUUGAGAACUCUGGCAGUACCAUUGGUAUCAUCAAUGCUCUUAUGACGGUCGGCAACAUUGCUGGCGCACCUUUCCUUUCCCUUGGUGAUGUUAUCGGUAGAAGAGGUAUCAACGUUCUCGGCAAUGCUAUCGUCAUCAUGGCAUCACUGAUUCAAGCUUUCGCUCCAAACCUUGCAACAUUAAUGGCUGGCCGUUUCUUCAUGGGUUUCGGAUCUGCUAUGAUGAGCAACCCUCAAUAUAUGGCAGAAGUUUCACCAACACACUGGCGUGGUAGAAUUGUUGGUAUCUUCGGCGCUUGCUUCCAAGUCGGCUCCAUCUUGAUGACAUGUGUUUUGUUGGGUACCAACACUCUUCAAAGUGACUGGGCAUGGAGACUUCCAUUCCUCCUCCAAAUGAUUUUCCCACUUGUUGUCGUCGUUGGAUCAUAUCUCAUCACCCCUGAAUCCCCAAGAUAUCUGAUUUUGAAGGGAAGAACCGAUGAGGCUCGUGCUAUCGUUGCAAAGUACCAUACUUCAUCUGGCGAUGUAAACGAACCUAUUGUCGAAGUUGUUAUUCAACAAAUGAUCCGCUCCGUCAAGAACGAACAUGUUGGUGUCAAGACUCUUUGGGACUUCCGACCCUUCUUCCGUCCCAACGGUGGCCGCUAUAGAUUGCUCCUUCUCACCCUUUACUCUAUCUUCCAACAGUGGAACGGUGGUGGUAUUGUCAGUUAUUACCUAUCUCCCAUUUUGGACACCCUUGGCAUUACGUCUUCCGAACAGCAGCUUGAGAUCAACUUGGGAAUGGUUUUGGUGUACUUCGUAUUCACCAUGGUUGGCUCAUUCGUUGUUGAUUUGGUUAGAAGACGUACGCUCAUCUUUGCCGGUCUUAUCUCUUUCAUCAUUUUGCAAACCUGCUCUGCCAUUACUUCUUGGAAAUACGCUGAGACAGGAUCUUAUUCUCUCGCUUGCUUGGGUAUCUUCUGGAUCUUUGCUUUCCAAACAUGCUCGAGUACUCUUAUUGCUACCAUGCACAACUUGUAUCCUGUUGAACUUAUUUCCUUGCCACUCAGAGCAAGAGGUAUGGGUCUCUACGGUCUCAUCCAAGGUAUCGCUGGUGUUAUUCAAACAUACGGUAUCUCAAUCGGUAUCAAUUCUUUAAAAUACAAGAUUUAUGUUGUGUUUAUUGUGUACAAUUGCAUUCAGCUUGCUUUGUCAUACUUCCUCUUCCCCGAGACCGGUGGUCUCUCUCUUGAGGAGAUUGAUGUCAUCUUUGAAACACCUGGUGUGAGUCCUAUGAAGAUGGGUCAACAGAUCGAGAAGGCCAAGAAAGAGCGCAAGGCUGGCAUUCACGAGUAA